AUGGCCUUGAUGUAUAUUCGUGAAGACGAGGUCUCAAGUACCAUGAAGAAGAUAUAUGAGCUAGCUCUUUCGUCAAAGACGGUAAACCUGAGCGAAACUAUGAAGCAUGUGGCCAUUACUUUAGUGACAAGAGUGGGUUUUGGGAAGAGUUAUGAGGAUGAACAUGAAAGAAAAAAGGUCCUUCGACUACUUAAUGAAGUUCAAUCGAUAACGGCAGAAUUUUUUGUUUCAGAUCUUUGGCCUGGUCUUCCUUUUGUGGGUUUGGUUGAUAGGUUCUUGGGAAAGAUGGAUCGGGUAGAAAAAUGCUUCAAAAGUCUUGAUUCAUUUUACGAAGAACUUAUUCGUGAACACCUCGACCCUCAAAACCGAAAGUCUAACGAGGAAGAAGAGGAUAUUGUUGACAUUCUACUCCGACUUAAGAAAGACAAGGAUUUCAAUUUCACUUACGACCACAUUAAAGGCAUGCUCGUGAUAGGAUACAUUUUAACCAUCAACUGUGGUCUUCUCCUCAUAUUGCAUGUGGAAGAUAUGAUGGAUAACCUAUUGACCCAUGUUCAAAUACUAAUACCACUCAGCCCUUGUGGCCAUGGAGCUGGGACAGAUACUAGCGCCGCUGUAGUGAUUUGGGCAAUGACAUCAUUAGUAAGCGACCCGAAGGUAAUGAAGAAAACACAAGAAGAAGUGAGAAACGUAGUUGGAAAGAAGGGUAGAGUAGAUGAGGAUGAUCUUUCAAAGCUCACCUAUUUGAAGGCAGUUGUAAAAGAGACCUUGAGGUUAUAUCCUCCGGCUCCUCUUUUAGUACCUCGAGAAAGUCAGAAAGAUGUCAUUUUACAUGGCUACAAAAUCAACAAAAAAACCAUAGUUUACGUGAAUGCAUUUGCUAUUGGAAGGGACCCUGAAGUUUGGGAGAACCCAGAGGAGUUCAUACCAGAGAGGUUUUUGGGUAGUGAUAUUGAUUUUAGAGGGAACAAUUUUGAGUUCAUUCCAUUUGGAGGUGGUCGAAGAAUUUGUCCUGGAAUGUCGAUGGGUGUUGUGACAGUGGAGUUAUUGAUUGCUAAUCUUGUUUAUCUGUUUGAUUGGGCUUUACCCGAUGGCAUGAGGAAAGAAGACUUGGACUUUGAGGCGAUGGAAGGGAUAACCAUGCAUAAGCGGAAAGAUCUUUGCCUUGUAGCUCAUCUGCAUGCAUGA